UUGUAUAUCUUUUCCCUUAAUCUAUGUAAAAUCAAGCAGUUAGGAGCUUAAAGAAAAAGAGUUUUGGGGACUACUAAUAAUUUCAUGACAUAUGAAAACAGAAAGGGAAAAGUGAAAGUGGGAAAUUCCUCUGAAAUAGAAAGGGUGGAGGACCAUCCCGUAUAAAUAGCCCACACUCAUGGAAGAAGGACAUUCAACCUCAAGCCCUUGCCGCCUCCACUUGGGCUCCUAGGGAGUAAAGGCAACGCUGUUCCUGUCUUCAUCAUGACCUACAGGUGGAUCCUCCCAAUGGCCCUCCUGCUGUGUGUCUCCACCACGGCUCUUUCUGUGAACUAUGACUUGCUUCGGUCCCAACUAAGAAGCAGCAAUUCAGCAUGUCAGAAGCUCCUGCGGCAGUUGAAUGGAGCCCCUCAACGUUGCCCCGAGGACACAAUGAACUUCCAGGUCCCUGAGGAGAUUGAGCAAGCACAGCAGUUUCAGAAGGAGGAUGCCGCAUUGGUCAUCUAUGAGAUGCUCCAGCACACCUUGCGUAUUUUCAGAAGAAAUUUCGCUAGCACUGGCUGGAAUGAGACCAUCGUUGAGAACCUCCUUGUGAAAGUCCAUCUGCAGAUGGACCGUCUGGAGACAAACCUGGAGGAAAUAAUGGAGGAGGAAAGCUCCACCUGGGGAAACACAACCAUUCUGCGCCUGAAGAAAUACUACGGAAGGAUCGUGCAGUACCUGAAGGCCAAGAAGUACAGCCACUGUGCCUGGACAGUGGUCCAAGCGGAAAUGCUCAGAAGCUUGGCCUUCCUUAACGGACUCAUAGAUUACCUCCAAAACUGAGGAUCUCCCAGCCUGCACCUCGGAGAAGGGACAAUGCUGACAGUGACUGCAGGCGUCCUCACCAGCAGAGGCUCUUGACGUGACUGACA